AUUAAAUCUGAAAGAAGAAAGUAUAUAGGCGUAACCUGUGACGGCAAUGCUGAGCAAAUAGUGCAAUCAGUAAUAACAACUGGAAGUAAUAUAAUACAGACAUUCAUGACAUAUAUAUCAAUAAAACAAUCAUAUUCUGAUGAAAAUAUGAGAAACUUUAUAAUUUUAAAAGAAGGCAAACUUAACCUAACAAAUGAUUACAAACUAAUCAAAUUACUCGAAGAAUAUGAAAAUGAUGUACCAGAAUUAAAAAUAGUAAUACAUGCCUCAAUAGGAUUAUCAAUAAAUGAUAAAUUCCAAUAUGAUGGAAAAUGCGUGGACAAUAAUAAAACCUACUAUAUUUGGCUUAGGCCAAGACAUACAUGCUCACUACUGAAUGGACAAUUACCUCAAGAAAUAUUUGAAAUGAUAAUGAAACACCCUGCUACUAAAGCAGCUAUAUUAGAAACAUCCGGAAAGACAAAUAAACAAAAAAAUGAACAGAUAUCAGAAGUAUAUAUCCUUAGAAAAUACGCUGGUGAUCUUAUAGCAGAAGACAAAGAAUUAUAUGCAUCAAUCGAAGAACGAGUAGAUGCAAUGCUACAAGAUUUCACAUCAAAAAAUCUACUACCAGAUAUAGAAAUAAUCGAUCUUACUAAACAAAUGAAUCGACUAACUAUUUAA